AUGGUGUUUGCCCUGGGCGCUGGGAAGCUGUUCCAGCUGGAUAACGGUGGCGAGUUCGAGGAAACAAUCAUCGCGAAAUGCGUCGACACCUUCAUCGCUCUCUCGGCCGCGCAACGGCCCACCGCGGGUGACCAACCAGCCAACCUGAACACCGCCUUUCCCACUUCCGGCGAAGGCGCCACAAGCACCUCCGCCAGCCUCACAUCUCCGAUCACGCCUUUCUCGCAGUCGGCAUUGCCGUCGAAGUCGCUGCUGUCGAGGCAGGAAGUGCCCGGAGCCGAUGCCGACGAGGACGUGGGUGUGAAGGAUGUCGAGACCCCUCUGGUUCUGAAGCGCGGUGUCCAGGGUCAGCUACAUGCCAUCAUCGAUCGCUUAUUCGAGCAGUGCUUCCUCCAGAAGCGCUAUCGUCAGGUGAUCGGCAUUGCUAUCGAAGCUAAGAGCCUGGACGUGCUGCGGAGAACCAUCAUUCGUGCCAGCGAGGACGAGAAGAAGCAGCACGGUGAGUCGCGACGGAGCGAAGAGCUCAUGGAGUAUGUCCUGGAGAUUUGCAUGGGUAUUGUGCAGGAACGCGGAUUCCGCAACGAGAUUCUCAAACUUAUACUCGAACUCUUGAACGAAAUCCCUGCUCCGGACUACUUCUCCAUCGCCAAGUGUGUCGUAUACCUCAACGAGAAUGCCAUGGCCACCGUCAUCCUCCGCCAGCUGGUCGAGAAGGGCGAUGCUCGUUCCCUCGCCGUUGCCUACCAGAUUUCCUUCGACCUUUACGACAACAGCACGCAGGAGUUCCUCCAGAAGGUUCGCCGAGAGAUCUCCGAACUCGUGCCGGAGAAGGGCGAGGAACAUAAGGAUGCGGACGGUGAGGAGGCCAAAGAGUCCGACGCCUUGCUGAACAGUCAGUCCACGUCUGUUGCAGAGAGCGACAAGGUUUCGCCCGAAGCACGCAAAGCUUUCAAGAACAUCCUCGACAUUCUCGAAGGCGUCAAGACCUUUGAAUUGAACCUGGAAUUCCUCUACCGGAACAGCAAGUCCGACAUCGCCAUUCUUAACAAGCUCCGUGACACCCUAGAAGCUCGCAACUCCAUCUUCCACACUGCGGUCACGCUGUCAAAUGCCUUCAUGCACGCCGGUACGACACAUGACAAGUUCUUCCGGGAGAACCUCGACUGGUUGGGCAAGGCUGUCAAUUGGUCCAAGUUCACCGCCACCGCGGCUCUUGGUGUUAUCCACAAGGGCAACUUGAACCAGGGAAAGCAGCUCUUGACCCCGUAUCUGCCUAAGACCCAGCAGGUCGCCGGUGUCGGUGUCCCCGGCUCGGUUUACAGCCAAGGUGGAUCGCUGUAUGCAUUCGGCUUGAUCUAUGCGAACCACGGUGGCAUGGCCGUUGAUCUCAUUCGUGACCACUUCAAGAAGGCUACUGAUGAGGUCAUCCAGCACGGUGGUGCUUUGGGUCUUGGUGUUGCUGGCAUGGCUACCGGUGACGAGGGAAUCUACGACGAUCUUCGCAACGUUCUCUACACCGACUCGGCUCUCAAUGGUGAGGCUGUUGGCCUUGCCAUGGGUCUGGUCAUGCUCGGAACCGGUAAUAUGAAGGUCCUUGAGGAUAUGAUCCAGUAUGCCCAUGACACUCAGCACGAAAAGAUCGUCCGCGGUCUGGCCAUGGGUAUGGCUUUGAUCAUGUACGGCCGUCAAGAGGCGGCUGAUGAGCUGAUCAACGGCCUCCUUGGCGAUCCUGAUCCGACUCUCCGCUACGGUGGUAUCAUGACCAUCGCCCUGGCAUACUGUGGUAGCAGCAGCAACAAGGCUGUGCGCAAGCUCCUCCACGUUGCCGUCAGCGAUGUCAACGAUGAUGUUCGGCGCGUGGCUGUUCUGAGCUUGGGUUUCAUCUUGUUCCGCAAGCACCAGAGCGUUCCUCGUAUGGUGGAACUCCUCUCCGAGUCCUACAACCCUCACGUACGUUACGGUGCCGCGAUGGCUCUCGGUAUCUCUUGUGCCGGUACUGGUCUGGAUGAGGCCAUCGACCUGCUCGAGCCGAUGCUCAAGGACUCUACGGACUUUGUCAGACAGGGUGCCCUCAUUGCGCUGGCCAUGGUCCUGGUCCAGCAGAACGAGGCUAUGAACCCACGUGUCAGCACUCUCCGCAAGACCAUGAUGAAGAUGAUCGGCGAUAGACACGAGGAUGCCAUGGCCAAGUUUGGCUGCGCGGUCGCUCUCGGUAUUAUCGACGCCGGUGGUCGCAACUGCACCAUUAGCCUCCAGACCCAGACGGGCAACCUCAACAUGCCUGGUAUCGUCGGUGCCGCUGUCUUCAUUCAGUACUGGUACUGGUUCCCCCUCACCCACUUCCUCUCCCUCAGUUUCACCCCGACAUCCGUCAUUGGUGUCGACCAAAGCCUUGAGGUUCCCUUCUUCAAGUUCCACAGCAACACAAGGCCCAGUCUCUUCGACUACCCUCCGGAACAGCAGGUCAAGACCGAGGAAGCGCCCGAGAAGGUGAAGACGGCCGUUCUUUCCACCACCGCCCAGGCCAAGCGCCGUGCACAGCGCCGCGAGAAGCAACAACGACGUGAGAGCAUGGAUAUCGAUCAGACUCCGGCGACGCCCAAGGUGUCCGAUCAAACACCGGACAAGAUGGACACGGACGAGAGUGCCGUGAAGAUCGAAGAAGACGGCAAGGAGGAGGGCAAAGAAGGAGAGAAGGAGGCUGGAGAAGGCCAGAAGAAAAAGGCCGAGCGGGAGAAGGUGGGAUACGAACUCGAGAACAUGUCUCGGGUCCUUCCCGCUCAGCUGAAGUACCUCACAUUCCCCGAUCCGCGGUACGAGCCGGUCAAACGGCCUACCGGUGGAGUGGUUGUUGUACUGGACAAGACCCCCGAGGAACCCCGCGAGACCAUUGAGCUGCAGGCCAGUGCCCGGGACAUUCAACCUGCCACCACGCGGCCCCCGGCAGAGCGCACGCCCGGCUUCCCCGCGGGCCGUACCUUUGGCCGCGCCCCGCUGACUCCCGAGGAGAUCGUGGGUGCGGGAGCUGCGGCUGCGGCGGGUGUCCUGACAGCGGUGGACGAGGACGAAGAGGGUGCGGAGGAGGCCCCUGUGCCGGACGAGUUCGAGUACGAAACCGACGGCGAGGAGGAGGAAUAGAGCUGCGAUGGUGAACCCUGCCAGUGCGGCGCCGGUUGUAUAACUAGGUUAAUUAUGGAUUGAUGUCUUAUCUUGAAAGCGGCACUCUUGCCUCUACGUUUGGAAUCUCUAGUCACCUUCUCGGGAUAAAAUCUAAGGGGUGGUGGCCCCGACCCUUACU